CUCCUCCUCCUCCUCCUCCUCCUCCUCCUUCUUCUUCUUCUCUUCCUCUCCGCCCUCUCGCGGACUCCGACGUUUCCUUCUUCUCUCUCUACACUCCGGGAAUUCCCUUGGGGAGGGAAGCUACUCAAACACCCGAUUCCUCCCUCCCAUUCUUCCCAUCCACCUCCAUUGCAUUUCUUCUCAAUGCUACUCUUCCUCUCUUGAAUUCCAACUUCAUCUCAAAUUCGCUACAUCUCUCCUCACGGAUCUUCCCACAGACUCUAAGCUGUAACAGUUGGCCUGUGCGUUUAUAUUAAAACAUCCUCUCCGCCCGGGUCGCAGGGGAGUAUUAUGUUUCGGUAUUAUUCUGUUCCAUUUCGGAAAUUGAGAUUCUGCUUUUCGCUCAAACGAUUACGAACUGGUGUUCGGAAUUUAGCUAUCUGUUCGAAAUUUUAGGUUGUUUCAACCCAUUAACACGUACCCGAGAUUCGCCUUCUGGGCUGGGAUAUUCAGCUGUAUGCUGAUUCGCUUAAACCUCUCUAAUUUAUGGGGGAGUGGGUUAUUGGAGCUGUCAUCAACCUCUUUGGCAGCCUUGCCAUCAAUUUCGGGACGAACCUUCUUAAAUUAGGCCAUAACGAGAGAGAGAAGCAUUCCAUGCUAGAAAACAAUGGCUCUAUUGGAAAGACUCCAAUGAAGCCCAUUAUAUACUUCCAGACUUGGAGAGUUGGUAUUACAUUUUUCAUUAUUGGAAAUUGCCUUAACUUUAUUUCCUUCGGAUAUGCUGCUCAGUCUCUUCUUGCCGCACUUGGAUCUGUUCAAUUUGUGUCCAAUAUUGCUUUUGCGUACUUUGUACUCCACAAGAUGGUUACUGUUAAGGUAAUGGUUGCCACUGCUUUUAUUGUUCUUGGAAACGUUUUUCUAGUUGCUUUUGGCAACCACCAGUCCCCUGUAUACACUCCAGAGCAGCUGGUGGAGAAAUAUGGAAAUAUAACUUUCCUUCUAUACUGUGUCAUUUUGAUCGUGGUUGUUGCACUACAUCACUCAAUCUAUAGAAGAGGAGAACUGUUACUCUCUGUUUCUGGACAAGAUCUCAGGUCGUAUUGGCAUAUGCUACUACCAUUUUCCUAUGCUAUAGUUUCAGGUGCAAUAGGCUCUUGCUCGGUCUUGUUUGCAAAAUCUCUCUCAAUACUGCUCAGAUUGGCUAUGUCUAGUGAUUAUCAGCUGCAUAGCUGGUUUACAUACUCCUUACUGCUUUUAUUUCUCAGUACUGCUGGAUUUUGGAUGGCCAGGUUAAACGAAGGACUUUCCCUGUUUGAUGCAAUCCUUAUUGUUCCCAUGUUUCAGAUAGCAUGGACUUUCUUCUCCAUAUGUACAGGUUUUAUAUACUUCAAAGAAUUUCAGGUGCUUGAUGCUUUGAGGACGACGAUGUUCAUAUUAGGAAUGAUGUCUGUUUUCAUUGGCAUCUCUUUGCUAGCACCUGAUGAGCCGAGAGACGGUGAAUUCAAAGAUAAUUCCUCUUUGGUUUCUGGGACGUCCACAAGCUUCACGUCAGAAGAAGAGAGACUAAUUGUGUCAUCCAAAGAAUCAGAGACUAGGGACGCGAAGUCAUUUUCACAAGGAUUCUUGUUAAAGAUUACAGAUGUAGUAGCCAAGGCAAAGGCUGCUUUAGCACUUUCGCUAGGUUUCGGAGAAGAUUCACUCAAUGCAUCUGCAGUACUUGUGAUGCCUAUGGUAUCAUCAAGGAUGACUGGCUUUAGAGGAACCGGGUUCGAGCGCUCAAAGUUUUUCUCCAUGAGAAAGCCUGAUUGGAGUAGGAUCUCAUUGGACGAGGAGGAUACAAAGGUGCUCGACACGAACAUAGGUUUCUCCCAAAACCUUUGAGUAGGAGUAGUAGUAAGAAAAAUUGGGUUGGAGUAUUAAACCAACGCCUUUUCUCUAUAGAUAUAGUAGUUAGAAUUCAAUAUACCAGUAACUGAGCAUGUUCUUGCAUAGAAUUAUAAAAGACAAUAUUGUAUAUUAUGGACAAAAAAAAUUCCUUAUAAAAGCAAGAUAUUAUUUUUUUUCCCCACCAAA